CUUCUUAAGCAGCAUGUGGCCGGGCACAGUAGCUCACCCCUGUAAUCCCAGCACUUGGGAAGGCCGAGGUGGGCGGAUCACCUGACGUCAGUAGUUUGAGACCAGCCUGUCUCUACUAACAAUAUAAAAAUUAGCGGGGAGUCACGGUGGGCGCCUGUAAUCCCGGCUACUCGGGAGGCUGAGGCAGGAGAAUUGCUUGAACUCAGGAGACAGAGGUUGCAAUCCUCAAUCCUGAGCUGAGAUCGCACCACUGCACUCUAGCCUCGGCGACAGAGCAAGACUGUCUCAAAAACAGCAACAAAAAGCAGGACGUGAGACUUCUACCUGCUCACUCAGAAUCAUUUCUGCACCAACCAUGGCCACGUUUGUGGAGCUCAGUACCAAAGCCAAGAUGCCCAUUGUGGGCCUGGGCACUUGGAAGUCUCCUCUCGGCAAAGUGAAAGAAGCGGUGAAGGUGGCCAUUGAUGCAGGAUAUCGCCACAUUGACUGUGCCUAUGUCUAUCAGAAUGAACAUGAGGUGGGGGAAGCCAUCCAAGAGAAGAUCCAAGAGAAGGCUGUGAAGCGGGAGGACCUGUUCAUCGUCAGCAAGCUGUGGCCCACUUUCUUUGAGAGACCCCUUGUGAGGAAAGCCUUUGAGAAGACCCUCAAGGACCUGAAGCUGAGUUAUCUGGACGUCUAUCUUAUUCACUGGCCACAAGGAUUCAAGUCUGGGGAUGACUUUUUCCCCAAAGAUGAUAAAGGUAAUGCGAUCGGUGGAAAAGCGACGUUUUUGGAUGCCUGGGAGGCCAUGGAGGAGCUGGUGGAUGAGGGGCUGGUCAAAGCCCUUGGGGUCUCCAAUUUCAGCCACUUCCAGAUCGAGAAGCUCUUGAACAAACCUGGACUGAAAUAUAAACCAGUGACUAACCAGGUUGAGUGUCACCCAUACCUCACGCAGGAGAAACUGAUCCAGUACUGCCACUCCAAGGGCAUCACCAUUACGGCCUACAGCCCCCUAGGCUCUCCGGAUAGACCUUGGGCCAAGCCAGAGGACCCUUCCCUGCUGCAGGAUCCCAAGAUUAAGGAGAUUGCUGCAAAGCACAAAAAAACCACAGCCCAGGUUCUGAUCCGUUUCCAUAUCCAGAGGAAUGUGAUUGUGAUCCCCAAGUCUGUGACACCAGCACGCAUUGUUGAGAACAUUCAGGUCUUUGACUUUAAAUUGAGUGAUGAGGAGAUGGCAACCAUACUCAGCUUCAACAGAAACUGGAGGGCCUGUAACGUGUUGCAAUCCUCUCAUUUGGAAGACUAUCCCUUCGAUGCAGAAUAUUGACAUUGAAUCUCAUGAUGAGAUUACACAGGGGAUUCUCUUUCUUCGCUGAAGUGUGAAUACCUCCACUCAUGUCCCAUUUUAGCCAAGCUUAUCUGAGAUCACAGUGAACUUUGUCCUGUUGUAGGCCAGAAUUGAGGUGCUGUUUUAGACAUUUAUUUCUGUAUGUUCAACUAGGAUCAGAAUAUCACAGAAAAGCAUGGCUGGAAUAAGCAAAUGACAAUGGUUUCCACUUAUCUGAUCAGAACAAAUGUUUAUUAAGCACCAGAAACUCUGCCAACACUGAGGAUGUAAAGAUCAAUAAUAAAAAAUAAUAGUCAUAACCAA